GAAGCGAACGCGUUUCUGAAGUUCGAGUUCAUCAUCAGUUCAAGGCAAGCGAGUCGAAAAUGCUGCGCACGGUUUGUUCCCGAACUUUUCCACAAGUUUUUCGUAUCUCAGCAUGUCAGCAUUCAACGAUUCCUGCACCGAACAUUCACCCAGACGUUCACUACAACAAGAUUUUCAUUAACAAUGAGUGGCACGACGCAGAAAGCAAGAGAACCUUUCCGACCAUCAAUCCUGCUACUGGUGAAGUUAUCUGCCAAGUCGCAGAGGGGGAUAAGGCGGACGUGGAAAAAGCGGUCCAGGCUGCCAAACAUGCCUUUAAGCUGGGCUCUCCCUGGAGACGCAUGGAUGCGUCGGACCGCGGGCUGCUCUUGAGCCGAUUAGCAGACUGCAUAGAGAGAGAUUCUGCCUAUUUAGCUGAGCUAGAGACUCUUGACAAUGGGAAACCGUAUGCGGUCUCCUACAGCGUGGACGUGCCCAUGGUGGUCAAAUGCUUGAGGUAUUAUGCUGGCUGGGCAGACAAAUGGGAAGGGAAGACCAUUCCAAUUGAUGGUGAUUACUUUUGCUACACAAGGCAUGAGCCUGUAGGAGUGUGUGGCCAAAUUAUCCCUUGGAACUUCCCUCUGUUGAUGCAGGCCUGGAAGCUCGGCCCGGCUCUGGCUACGGGGAACACGGUGGUGAUGAAGGUGGCGGAGCAAACGCCACUCACUGCCCUUUAUAUCGCCAGCCUGAUCAAGGAGGUGGGUUUCCCAGCUGGUGUUGUCAACAUUAUCCCAGGAAUGGGUCCCACAGCCGGAGCAGCCAUUGCUUCUCACAUGGACGUAGACAAAAUAGCAUUCACUGGCUCCACGGACGUAGGUCACCUCAUCCAGCGAGCCUCAAGUACCAGUAAUCUGAAGAAGGUCACACUGGAGCUGGGCGGAAAGAGUCCAAACAUCAUUUUAUCAGAUGCUAAUAUGGAAGAGGCAGUGGAGCAGUCCCAUUUCGCCCUGUUCUUCAACCAAGGCCAGUGCUGUUGUGCAGGCUCUCGCACAUACGUACAGGAGAGCAUCUACAAUGAGUUUGUUGAGCGAAGUGUGGAGAGAGCUAAGAAGAGGGUCGUGGGAGACCCUUUCGACUUGAAGACUGAGCAGGGCCCACAGGUCGAUGAGGAACAGUUCCAGAAGAUUCUUGGCUACAUCAGCAGUGGGAAGCGCGAGGGAGCCAAGCUCAUGUGUGGCGGGGGGGCGGCAGGUGAUCGCGGUUACUUCAUCCAGCCCACUAUCUUCGGGGAUGUUAAGGAUGACAUGACAAUUGCUCGGGAGGAGAUCUUUGGCCCUGUAAUGCAAAUUCUGAAGUUUAAAUCUCUAGAAGAAGUGGUUGAGAGAGCCAACGACAGCAAAUAUGGCCUUGCAGCGGCUGUCUUUACCCAAAACAUUGAAAAGGCCCAUUACAUAUCCAAUGGCCUGCGUGCUGGCACUGUGUGGAUUAAUUGCUAUGACGUGUUCGGAGCGCAGGCUCCCUUCGGAGGCUACAAGGCCUCAGGGAUUGGUCGUGAGUUGGGACAGUACGGACUUGACAACUACACCGAGGUCAAAACGGUUACAAUUAAGGUUCCUCAGAAAAAUUCAUAAAUGGAGAAAUUCAUUUAGAGAAGCCGUCAUCUAACGAUUAGAGUUGUGCCAGACAUUAUUGAAAUGAACAUUACUCUUUAAAUCUAUUUCAUUAAAUCAAAUAAUGUCUUAAUGUGUACUGGGGGAAAAAAAAAAAUAUAUAUAUAUAUAUAUAUAUAUAUAUAUACACGAUUAGUACAUAAAAAAUAAAGUUCUAACAGUGAUAAGUUACAGAAGUUAUUAUGAUUAUCCACCUGAAAAAAGGAGAGAAAAUCUGUAUUGGGCUGAUUUUAUUCUGUUUAAUUCAAGCAUCAUAUAGACAGCAUAAUCUGAUUUUGUGUAAUAAAUGGUCCAAUUCUUUUCUUUUUUUCAUUUUUCUUUAUUCAUUUAUUCUUAAUUUGCAUAGAUAUUUGUCCUUUUCUGAUUAUAUUUUUUGUAAUAACAUGCAGAAGAAAAUAAAUGAAUAUCAAACAGUAA